AUAUUAACCGAUGUCAACCUACGUCAAUGGUGUUUUUAUUAUUUAUUUUUUUUGUCGAAUCCAGCGCCGCUUGUUCACACAGUGAAAGAUAGUUACAGUGCACUAGUGGUUUGUUUCGUACAAAGGAUGGGGGACGACUUGGGAGACGAAUGGUGGGUUCACGGAGAAAAUUCAGGUGGAUCUGAUGGGGAGCCUGAGCCUGAGAAGGUUAAGAAGCAGCCCCAGGUGAAGGGGAAAACGAAAGAGGAGGAGGAGGAGCCUAAGAAACCACAGCAACCCAAGAAGAAGAGGAAGAACGAUGACACAGCAGGUCCAGUGAAGGAGAAGAAGAAAAAGACUGUGGCCCUGAAAGAGCACAUCAAACAACAGACAGAUAAAGUACCAGUGGAAGGAAAUAAAAAAACAAAGAAAAGGAUAAAGGCAGAGAGCCCCAUCAAGCAAGAGACAGAUGCAGCACCUGCGGAUGGAACUCAAAAAAAAAAGAAGAGGAAAAAGAAGAAGAAGACCAUCACGGAUGUCCUGGCGUCCACGGAGGCGGUAGCGGGCUGUCCAGUGGACCUCCAGAAGGUUCUCCAGGCCCACCUGAGCUCCACACGCUCCGUCAUCGAGCAGGAGGAGCUCGCGCUGCAGGACUCAAGUUUCCUGACCUGUAAUGAUCUCACACACACGCUGUCCUCUUACAUGAAGGAAGUGUGUCCUAAGUGGGCUAAACUACAGAAGCGACACACACUCAAGAGGUCACUUGUCAUCAUCAUCGCCUGCAGCUCUGCUCUGAGGGCCCUGGAGCUUAUCAAGCAGCUGGUUGUAUUUAAAGGAGAGGCCAAAGUACUGAAACUCUUUGCCAGACAUAUAAAGGUGGAGAAGCAAAUUCAGCUGCUGAACAACAUUGUCGCCCACAUUGGAGUUGGGACUCCUGCCAGAAUCACAGAACUUAUACAGAAAGACGGUCUGAGUCUAGAGGCUUUGAAAUAUGUGGUUCUUGACUGGAAUUGGAGAGACCAGAAAUGCAGAAGGAUGGUGGACAUACCAGAGGUAAAGGGAGAAAUGUUGAAAAUGCUCGAAGCUGGAAUUUUGCAGCGUUGUGGAGUUGGAGAAGCUAAGAUUGGACUCUUUUAAUGACAGACAUGACAUACACCCCCCGCCCCCCUCAAACACACACAUAACAUACACACACACACACACACAAUAUUGUCACUUCAUCAUAUGCCACUCUAUUCAUGAAUUGUUUUUUUUUUUUUUUUGGUUUUCUUUAAAUGCCCAAAAUAUAUGUGGACAGAUAUUUCUUCAUGACAGUUUUUCCACAAAGAAUAAAACAGACAUAUUUAUGUUUUUUGUAUAUUGUGUAUAAACUCUGGGACUUUUUCUUUACAUAAACAUCUGUGAUUGGACACAGUA